AUGCGUUUCUAUCAAGCUACACUGGUGGCGCUAGUCGCUUUCCUCGCCAGCUCUGCUUCCCUCUCGGCGGCAAAAGCCCCAGUCUCUUCGGGUAGGUCUCUGCGGGUUAACUCACCGGUUAGUCCAGACGAUGAAGACAGAGCUGGUGGCAAUCUGGCAUCCCUCGAGUCGACAGUGCGCAACGUUGCUUCACUGAAGGGGGGACAGCUAUCGGAGGCGUCUGACGAUAUCGUGAAAAAGCUGUUGGGGCUCUCGGAGAAGGCCCUCAAGCCGCACAAGAACUACAAGUACAUCAUGUGGGACGGUUCCGCUGUCUGGAACGCGUGGCUGAAGCAACAUGUCACUUCGUUCGAAGCCUGGGCUAAGGUGGGGCUGGGUAAAACCACCGAAGACCAGCUACUGAAAGUCAUGAAGACCGAAGCGUUUAAAAACUACGUGUCGUACCUGAAGGUAUUUGACGAUGCUGCGGUUACCAAGUGGAAAGCGACUGGCCAAGGUCCUCUGGUUAGUGCCGAUGCAACGGCCGGGGAGUUAGCAGCGAGAUCAAUGGUUCUGGCGGCUACGAAUAGAGACGACGGGUACGCCAAGUUGGCUCUGGGGCUGGGCGGACUGACCGGAAGAGCGCUCAAGAAGCACGCGAACUAUCCGUUUUACGAAAAGUACUACAAGGCCGCGUUGGCUGUGGCGAAGAAGAGAUAA